AUGGAGAAGGGGGACAUCAGGUGCCCGCUCGCAAAGGAGGAAGAUUGUCACAAGACUUUUAUGUCCAACUCAAGUGCACACAAGCACGCGAGAGAUGUGCACGGCGAAAACAAAUGGCCUUGUCCCUCCGCAGAAAACAAAGGAUGCCCCCUAAAGUUCUCGACCAAAGAUUCGGCCGCAAAGCAAGCACUGAGGUUUCAUGCUAAGAAGGAUUCAGAUAACCCUCCGAAGGAAGGCUUUCCUUGCCCACUCAAUUGUGACAAGACAUAUGCCACACAACAAAACGCAAAUCGGCAUGCUCAGAAUAAGCACACUGGAAUCUCAUGGCCCUGUCCCUCAGCAGAAAAGGAGAAAUGCACAGCGCAAUUCAAUAACAAAUGCAAUGCCAACCGUCACGCAAAGAAAGCUCACCGUGAUAAGUCGACUCAGAAGCAAAUUCAUAAAGACCGUCCCUACUCACGCGCGCGGGAGGAAAAAUGCUCUAGAAUGUUCCAAGCUGAUAGCUACGCGAGAACACAUUCUCUGGUGAAACACGGCAAAGCUGAGCCGGAUGAGCCGUUUUUUCCGGCAUGGCCUACAACGCCAGAUGACCCUCUGAAGGACGUGGAGGGGAAGACCAUACCUGGAUGGGCCAAGCUCCCGAAGCCGUCCUUUGUGGACGGCAAGUGGACAUUCCCAGACCCAGGUUGUAGCAUGGCAUGGGCGAGCAUCUGGUCGGUAAAAAACCACUACCUGGCAUCCAACAAGCGAUUGGGAGUUGAGAAGCUGGCCUCCAAGCUGGGAUCGAAGAGGCAGCGAACAUUAGAAGAUUUCUUCGAUUCAAUGAGGUUAAAUAAAAAAAAACGAAGGGUCUCGUGA